GUAGGAUAGAUAUAUUUUAUUGGACCAAGCACUUAUUUUUUGGACUGCAAAGUACACUUUCAAAUUACAUAUACUUCUUUCUAUAUCUAAAAAUUAUAUCACAAAACAAACACUAGAUUAUAGUUGGUUUCCAAUAAUACACAUUCACUAACUGCAAAAUGAGAACUCAUUCCCAAUUGCUGUUGUACUUCAUGCUGUCAACAACAGUUGCUCUUGCUUUGAGUUUGAGUUCAGUGACUGAUAAACAUGCUUUGCUUUCUUUGAAAGAAAAACUUACCAAUGGUAUACCUGAUGCUCUUCCAUCAUGGAAUGAAUCUCUUUAUUUCUGUGAAUGGGAGGGUGUUACAUGCGGUCGACGCCACAUGAGAGUCUCUGUCUUGCAUUUGGAAAAUCAAAAUUGGGGUGGUACUCUUGGACCAUCCUUAGGAAAUCUAACCUUUCUCAGAAAACUCAAACUUUCCAACAUCGAUUUGCACGGUGAAAUUCCAAAAGAAGUUGGUCUUUUGAAGAGGUUGCAAGUUCUUGACUUGAGCAAGAACAAAUUUCAUGGUAAGAUUCCUUUUGAGCUUACCAACUGCACCAAUCUUCAAGAAAUUAUCUUGUUGUACAAUCAACUCACUGGAAAUGUUCCCUCAUGGUUUGGUUCCAUGACGCAGCUUAAUAAGUUGCUUCUUGGAGCAAAUAAUUUGGUAGGUCAAAUCCCACCUUCCUUGGGAAAUAUUUCAUCCCUCCAAAAUAUAACACUUGCAAGAAAUCAAUUGGAAGGAAAUAUACCUUAUACCUUGGGUAAGUUAUCAAAUUUAAGAGAUCUAAAUCUGGGUUCAAAUAAUUUUUCGGGUGAAAUCCCUCAUUCUCUUUACAAUCUAUCAAAAAUUUAUGUUUUCAUCCUUGGGCAAAACCAAUUAUUUGGUACUCUUCCAUCAAAUAUGCAUCUUGUUUUUCCUAAUCUUAGAUCAUUUUUGGUGGGAGAGAACCACAUAAGCGGAACUUUGCCGUUGUCAAUAUCAAAUAUCACCGGUCUGAAAUGGUUCGAUAUAUCCAUUAACAAUUUUCAUGGGCCAGUACCUCCAACCUUGGGGCACUUGAACAAACUUAGGAGGUUUGACAUUGGUUAUAAUGGUUUUGGGAGUGGAAGAGCUCAUGAUUUGGAUUUCAUUUCCUCAUUGACCAAUUGUACUCAAUUGCAAGUUCUUAAUUUGAAGUAUAAUAGAUUUGGCGGUACAAUGACAGAUCUUAUGACCAACUUCUCUACCACUCUCAAUUGGCUAAGUAUGGCAGGUAAUCAAAUAUAUGGAGAAAUCCCUGAAAGAAUUGGACAACUAAUUGGUUUAACUCACUUUGAUAUGAUGGAGAAUUUCCUAGAGGGAACAAUUCCAGAUUCAAUUGGAAAGCUUACGAAUCUAGUAAGAUUAAUUUUGCAAGAAAACAGAUUAUCUGGCAAGAUUCCUAUUGUUAUUGGCAAUCUUACCAAGUUGUCUGAGUUUUAUCUACAUACUAAUAAAUUAGAAGGAAACGUUCCAUCGACUCUUAGAUAUUGCACCAAGUUGCAAUCAUUUGGUGUUUCUGACAACAACUUGAGUGGCCACAUACCUGAUCAAACAUUUGGCUAUCUAGAAAGUUUAAUAAAUCUUGACUUGUCCAACAACUCCUUGACCGGUCCCAUUCCUUCAGAAUUUGGUAACUUGAAGCAUCUUUCCAUAUUGAAUCUAUACACAAACAAGUUGUCCGGUCAAAUUCCCAAUGAACUUGCUGGUUGUUUGACACUAAUUGAGCUUAUGUUGCAGAGAAACUUUUUCCAUGGAAGUAUACCUUCCUUCUUGGGCUCCUCAUUAAGAUCCCUCCAAAUCUUAGACCUUUCUAGCAAUAACUUCACGAGUGUAAUCCCUCGUGAAUUGGAAAAUCUAACAUCGUUGAAUUCUUUAAACCUGUCAUUUAACAAUCUCUAUGGUGAGGUUCCCAUAAAUGGUGUCUUUAGCAAUGUCACUGCAAUUUCACUUAUGGGAAACAAUGAUCUUUGUGAAGGUAUUCCUCAAUUAAAGCUGCCUCCAUGUUCUAGGUUGCUCUCCAAGAAACAUACGAGGUUUCUUAAAAAGAAGUUUAUCCCCAUCUUUGUUAUUGGUGGAAUUUUGAUCUCUUCGAUGGCUUUUAUCGGUAUCUAUUUUCUCAGGAAAAAGGCAAAAAAGUUUCUUUCUUUAGCAUCUCUACGGAAUGGGCACUUGGAGGUUACUUAUGAGGAUUUACAUGAAGCAACCAACGGAUUUUCUUCAUCCAACUUGGUAGGCGCAGGAAGUUUUGGUUCUGUAUACAAAGGAUCUCUUCUUAAAUUUGAAGGACCUAUUGUAGUAAAGGUGUUGAAACUUGAAACACGUGGGGCAUCAAAGAGUUUUGUGGCUGAAUGUAAAGUACUGGAAAAGAUGAAACACAAAAACCUUCUGAAGCUCCUAACUUUCUGUUCAAGUAUUGAUUAUAAUGGUGAAGUUUUCAAGGCUAUAGUUUUUGAAUUCAUGCCUAUGGGGAGUCUAGAAGGCUUGUUGCACAAUAAUGAACAUCUUGAGUCUAGAAAUCUAAAUCUCAGACAAAGGUUAAGUGUUGCUCUCGAUGUAGCCCAUGCAUUGGAUUAUCUUCACCAUAAUUCCCAUGAAGCUGUAGUUCACUGUGAUAUUAAGCCAAGUAAUGUUCUUCUCGACGAUGACAUUAUUGCUUACUUAGGAGAUUUUGGGUUAGCAAGGUUCCUUAAUGGGGCUACAGGGAGUUCCAGUAAAGAUCAAGUUAGUUCAGCUGCAAUUCAAGGAACCAUAGGAUAUGUUCCCCCAGAGUAUGGAGUAGGUGGCAAAGUAUCACCACAAGGAGAUAUUUACAGCUAUGGAAUUCUAUUGUUGGAGAUGUUAACAGCAAAAAAACCAACAGACAACAUGUUUUGUGAAGGUCUAAGCCUACACAAAUUAUGUAAGAUGGCAAUCCCACAAAAGAUCACUGAGAUAGCAGAUACACAGUUGCUUGUCCCAUCUUCUGAAGAACAGACAGGGAUUAUGGAGGAUCAGAGGGAGAGUCUAGUCUCGUUUGCUAGGAUUGGAGUUGCAUGUUCCGCAGAAUACCCCGCUCAGCGAAUGUGUAUAAAAGAUGUUAUAACAGAGUUACAUGCAAUUAAACAGAAGUUAACCCUCUAGACGCCAUUUGUUGUGACAAUAAAAUAGUUGCAUUUACUAUCCAUUAUUGCUUUUCCCACAGGAGUGCUCCUUUAACCAGUCUCUAGAAUAUACAAAUAUUGCCAGGAAGAUAAAAAUGCAACUGUUUGUGUGCUCCUAUCCUUGUAUCAGUACAUGAAAUGGUUUUGGCUUGAAUUUAUAUUUUUAUAUCUGAUAUCA